GCCAUUUCUGAGCAUACCAAUAUCAGACUAACCCCUCCCUCUGACCUCCUCUCUGCAGUGAAGGAUCUGAUCCACUGGCGAGACCCCAAGAAGUCGGGCGUGGCGUUCGGGCUGUCCCUGCUGAUGCUGCUGUCGCUGGCAGCCUUCAGCGUCAUCAGCGUGGCGUCCUACCUGCUCCUGGCCCUGCUCUGCGUCACCAUCACCUUCCGCAUCUACAAGUCCGUGGUGCAAGCCGUGCAGAAGUCCAGCGACGGACACCCCUUCAAGUGA